AUGGCUAGCGCAUCAGACACAAAACCUCGCAAAUCACUCAUUCUCAAUGCCUUUGUGGAAAUGUGUAGUGGUCAUCAAUCACCAGGACUAUGGCGCCACCCCGGAGACGAAUCGCAUCGGUUCAACGAUGUUGAGCACUGGACUGAGCUUGCACAGCUACUGGAAUCAGCUAAAUUUCAUGGCAUCUUCAUUGCAGAUGUUUUAGGAGGAUACGAUGUCUACAAGGGACCACGCAAUCUCGAUCCUGCAGUCAUCUCCGGCGCACAGUGGCCGGUUAAUGAGCCAUUAGCUGUUGUUCCGGCUAUGGCGGCUGUAACGAAGAAUAUUGGAUUCGGAGUUACGGUCACUACGACUUAUGAGCAGCCCUAUCAUCUUGCUCGGCGGUUAUCGACUGUUGACCAUUUGACGAAAGGACGUCUGGGAUGGAAUGUCGUAACAGGUUACCUCGACUCAGCGGCAAGAAACAUGGGCCAAGCAGAACAACCACACCACGACGACCGCUACGCCCUAGCAGAAGAAUACAUCAAAGUAACCUACAAACUCUGGGAAUCAUCCUGGCGGCAAGACGCCGUGAUUCGCGACCGCCAGCGAGGAAUCUACACCGACCCAAAAAGCGUCCGGCAAAUCAACCACAAAGGCAAAUACUUCAAUGUCCCCGGUCCACAUCUCACGCAACCAAGUCCGCAGCGCACCCCUGUUAUUCUCCAAGCGGGUACUUCGAAGGCUGGGAAGACAUUUGCUGCACAACAUGCUGAGGCUAUUUUCGUUGCGGGGCAUAGUCCUUCGGUUGUUGCGAAGAAUGUUAAGGAGAUUCGGGAACUUGCUGCUACUGAGUUUGGACGGGAUCCCAAGAGUAUUAAGUUCCUUGCUUUGCUUUGUCCUGUUCUUGGGAAGACGGAAGAAGAGGCCCGUGAGAAGUUUGAGUUUUAUCGGAGUCUUGGGUCUAUUGAUGGGGCUUUGGCGCUGUUUGGGGGGUGGACUGGGAUUGAUCUGGAUAAGUAUGCGGAUGAUGAGGAGUUGAGGCAUGUUGAGAGUAAUGCUAUUCGAUCUGCUGUUGAGGGCUGGUCAAAGGCUACUCCUGAAGUGGACAAGUGGACCAAAGCUACUGUUGGACAGCAUAUCACUGUCGGUGGAUUGGGCGCUACACCCGUCGGCACAGCUGCUCAGGUUGCUGAUAAGAUGGAGCGCUGGGUGGAAGAAGCCGAUGUGGACGGAUUUAACUUGGCAUAUGUUGUCAAGCCCGGUUCGUUCAAGGAUAUCAUCGACCUUUUGAUUCCCGAGUUGCGCCGACGCGGCCUCUUCUGGGAUGAUUAUGCUGUGCCCAGGGGGACAUACCGCGAGAAUUUGUAUUCUGAGCCUGGUCAGUCUGGACCGCGUGCGGACCAUCCUGCUUCAAAGUAUCGGUGGAAUGCUGGUGUUGAUCCUUCGGAUGCACCGAUUCCUGAUAACUGA